AUGAGGGCCAAACGUUCAAAGAAGUACCGCAAGCUUAUGCACCAGUAUGAGUUGACUUUCGGUUUCCGAGAGGCCUACCAGGUCCUAGUUGACUCGAACUUCCUGCGUGCCACUGAUCAAUUCAAAAUGGAGCUGAUACCUGCUCUUGAGCGAACAGUCCAGGGCAAGGUCAAGCCUUUAUUGACAAAGUGCUCGCUCGCCGCCAUCAUGGCCGCGCAGCCCAUCAACCCCAAAACCGAAAAGCCUUACCGACCUCUCUUCCUUCCUCCUCCCACUGAACUUCCUCUCCGCCACUGUUCGCACAACGCAGAUUCAACACCAAUCGACGAGAUUGAGUGUCUGCUUUCACUUCUUUCACCGAGCUCAGAUGUAAAGAAGAACAAGGAGCAUUACAUUCUCGCUACUGCGGAACCAAUCUUGCGAAAGACCAAUCCCAACGAACCCAAGCGGAAAUGGAAGACCGAAGAUGACCGCAAGGAAGAAGAAGCCAUGCGCCGGUCGAAGACUCUGCGCUCAUCAGCCCGCAGCAUCCCCGGUGUCCCAAUCAUCUACGUCAAGCGCUCAGUGAUGGUUCUCGAGCCGAUGAGCAACCCGUCCGAAAUGGUGCGGGAUGGUCACGAGCGAGGCAAGUUCCGCGCCGGACUAGACGUGGACGCUUCGCUAGGCAAGCGGAAGCGUGAUGGCGAGAAUGAUGACGAGGAAGAAUCCGACGAAGAGCCCAAGAAGAAGCGCACACCUAAGGUGAAGCAGCCCAAUCCUCUGAGCAUGAAGAAGGCCAAGAAACGCCCCGAGACCGCAGCUCCCAAGAAGAAGGAGGCUCCUGCUAAGCCCGAGGGUGAUGAUGAGGCCGCACCCAAGCCCAAGCGUAAACGCCGUCACAACAAGGGUGUUCAUUGGGAGAUCGAGGAUGCCGCGGAGUCGCAGCCUGCAGAGGCUGCCGCUUGA